UGGCAAACAUUUAAAUCGUGGAAGCAAACAUUUAAAUCGUGGAUGCAAACUUUGAAAUGUGGAAGCAAACAUUUAAAUCGUGGAAGCAUACAAAACCAUUCAAAACCUACUUAAUAAGAUAUAACCAUAGAUAUAACUAUAUCUAUGGAUAUAACUAUGACUCAUAUCAAAAAUGGCGGACAACUUAAAUGAAAUAGUUAGGCGUGUUGUGUCGUCUCUUCAAAAUUUACCGGACACUGCUUCCAGCAAUACCCCAAGCAGAAGCGAUGAUAGUACUAGUAGCAGGUCCUUUGGCUCAGUUGAAGAAGAAAUCGGCCAAAGAUUCCAAAUUCCUCGUGUGUCGUCGGGAAUUGCUAAUAGGAUUCUGAAAUAAUCCUAGUGAAAGAGGUCGGUUUAUCCCUUACACUACAAAACAAAAAGGGAAAUACAAAGCCAAACCUGCUGCAGAGUUGGUUGUAAAAGACGUGUGUCUACUACCUAAUCCAGAUUGGGAUCAAGUCCCUCGGCGACAAGUAAAGGAAAACCUCGUGAAAAGAAGUUUAUUUGUUGACGCAUGGAGUCUUGAUAAAUCGUGGUCAGAAGAUCAAUUACGAGCGGAAUUACACAGUAUUUUCAAGAAGCAUAUUACAGGACCAAACACCUUUGAGUUUGUAAAGUCUGUCGGAAAUGGCAUCGCCCAAUUAAAACUGCCACAAGGGCAAGAAGCAAAUUUAUGCCAAAAUAAUACGACACAUUAGUGGGACUGGACCAAUUUAUAUCCGCUCUCUAGUAAAGAUUGACAGUGAUGAGCAUUGAAAAGCAGAAACUAGAUGAAAUGUUCCCAAAUUGUCCUGCUGAAGUGUUUGCACAAGCUGUAAAUUGUACAACACUUGAUCUGGCUGUGGACUAUGUUAUAAGUCAUAUACCUUCCAAGUCAGAUGAACAACAAUUUGAUGGAUCUAAAAUUGAGGAGGAUGCAUGUUUAAAAGACCUAUUAUACUCUCUACAACCCAUCCCUGGGACUCCUACACGCUUGACAGUCAGCAGAUCAUCAAUUUUUGCUGAUAGUGUGUCAUUUUUCAAACACAGACAUUUUGAUUUUAAGAAACCAUUGAAGGUCACAUUUGAAGACGAAUCAGCAAUUGAUGGUGUUGGCUUUAAACGAGAGUUCUUCACUUUACUGUUGCGUGAACUCUCCAUCAGCUACUCCUCUUCUUUUUGAAGGAAGAGAUGGAAUUUUUUUACCAAUGCACAAUACAGAUGCUCUUAGAUCAAAUCUGUAUAAGGUGGCUGGACGGAUUAUUGCAGCAUCAAUAGUUCAUGGUGGUCCUGGUUUUCCAUAUUUUCCAAAGGUUUUGUAUGCAUAUUUCCUCAACCCUCAGCCUAAUGACGUGGUGGAUCACCUCCGUCCAGAGGAUGUUGUUGAUGCUGAAUAUGUGGA